UUACAGAUCUGUAAUCGGCAAAGACAACAAAAACAAACGAGUCUUGGAGAACAAACUCGAACAAAGUCUAGUUUGAUUUUUAAAUAUUUUUGCCUCGAUAGUAAGAUAUUUUAGAUGCAGGCUAGAGCUGAAAAAUUAGGAUCUAUAAGAAUGACGGAGGAGUUAUCCGGAGUGACCUAUGUUAUAAUUAUUGGACUAGGGGUUCUUACUUUAAUUCUCCUUUUCCUGUUUGGUAAACGCCAAAUCAUGAGAUUUGCUCUUAGAUCAAGAAGAUCUCCUCACGUUCCCAUAGGAUACGGAGGGCCUAAAGCACUAAAACUAGAAAUCGAGCGAAGAAUUGCAGCCAUACCGAAAAUUAUAUGUGAACCGAAACUAAUAACUAAAGAAGAUCCAAGGUACAUAGUCACUCCUGGGCAGCAAAUACCAAUACAUUAUUAUAGAUUGAAAGCUGUAGAUGAUGUGAAAACACUAGAGGAAGCUAUAAAUGCAAAGAGGCAUCCAAGUGAGAAUUUGAGAGCCUAUUUACUGACUACACUUGCAGCCCCUUUGAAUGGCAGUGGUCAAAGAUUGAUACACCAAUUCUGUGACUUAUAUGAGCAUGCUAGACAUGAUCCCAACCAUUUUGGGGAUGAGGAAUAUCAACAGUAUAACAGAUUAUUGAUGAAACUCAUUGAUGCUGCAAAAUUAAUCAAGUUUAACAAUACCAGAACUCCUAAUCGGCCACCAAAGAAACAAAAACAUGAAAAAAAUCGUAAUCUAUUAGAUCCAACAAGGUUACAUCCAUUACCUCCGAAUUUCACCAAUCAAGAGGAUGAAAUAAUAAGCGUAGAUUCAAGACCUACAUCUCUAGCAAUACCAGUUUUAUCAUCAGAUAAUGAAACUUCAGUUUAAAUUCAUAUAUCUCAACGAACCUGAUAGAUGUCAAAUGAUUCUGCAUUUAUGUGAAACAGUAGGACUUAUCGUGAAGUUCUUCAACUUCAACUUUAUGUUUGACAUGUGGACCUACUGAAUCAAGUUGGUGGUUCCUCAAUAAUGUAAAUGAUUGAGCAUACCAAAAAAUAAAGAAGUUUUCGCGACUAACUGGAUAGGCCUUUGAAGGAAUAAAUUUGAAAAUUUAUAUUCAAAGAUAUACAACAAAUGAGCUCUUUUGUAUAAUAAAAGAUUAUAUUCACCAAUUACAAUAUUGCUAUCAAUGAAUUGACUAAACAAUUUAAGAAAACGUGGAUGUUUCUCAUCAAAAAAAGUUGAGAAUAUAAAAACUUAAUGUAACAAUAUUCAUUGGGGGCCUCAUAAAAAGGUCAAUGAAACGUUUUUACUUCGUAUGUUGCAGAAGGAGAAGGAAUUGAAAACUGUCUCCACUUUCUAAUUGACAAGGCCUUAUAAGAGAAACAUAGUCAAUUCUUUACUUUGAAAUUGAGUUGAUGAAUUGUUCAUUUUCAAAUAAAUCCCUAUAUAGUGCCUAUGAAUUUUAUAUAUAAUAAUGUCAGACAUUACCCUUGAACACCUAAUUUCUGAUUAUGAUCUCAAUAAAAUACAGUUGAAAUAA